AUGCCAACCAAAACCCUCCCAACCCUCCUCCCCUACCGCGACGCCCACUCCACCGAAGUAAAAUACACCGCACCACCCUCGUCCUCCUCCUCCACACACCUCUACAACACCCCACUCCCCUACGACUCCGACAACGAACCCCUCAUCCCCAACCCAUACACCACGCUCCCCGCCCCCCUCUCAGACUACGACCUCGCGCACUUCACCGCGACGGGACGUCCCGCGCCGGCCUUCAAAUCCCCCAGCGGCCUCGCCUCUCUCGGGGGCCACAUGUUCACAGCGCCUCAACUGCUCCCGCAGCGCUAUACCGACGACUCUAUCAUCCCCGCUAUCAUCGUAGACGUUAUUCCCAGUCCGUCGCUGCAUCCGCAGAAGAAGGCGAGGAAGAAUGGGUUAUUGGGGAAAGUGCUGCGGCCGAGGGAGGGUGACGGGAAGGGGAAGGGGGUUAUGAAGGUGGCGUUUAUGCCGAGGAGGGAGUAUCUGAAGUAUUUUGCGAGGGGCGUGCAGGGGGAGUAUAUUGGGACGGAGCCGUAUCGGAGGUGGAGUGAGGAGGAGCUUGAGAGGGAGUUUGGGAGGUUUAAGCCGGCUUGUUUGGAGAAGAAGAAGGGCGGGAGGAAGAUUUGAUGGAUAUGAUCAUGAAUGAAAUGGAAGGGA